UGCGGCAGCUUCAAAGUGCACUAUAGAAAGAGAGCUGAGUGUGUGCCAUGUGGUAAUCAUUUUUUUAAUGCAUUCCCUUCUCGUACAAGGAAUAUCUCCCUCAUCCAAACCAAGAGCCCUACGGCUUCUUUUGCUGUUGACUCUUCGUUCUUCGUGUUUCUUCCAAUCUAUGGGCUUAUUUAUUUAUUUAUUUGUUAGUUUCUGUGGGUAAAUAUUUAUACGGAGAGUAAGGAAGGUGGUGUUGUGGGGGGUUUUACUUUUGAGCCGCUAUGGCUUCGUCUCUGUUGCUCGCUGUCGUCUUUGUCUUUGAUCUCAUUGCUUUUGCUCUUGCUGUUGCUGCAGAACAGAGGAGGAACAACGCCAAGCUAGUUGUUGAUGCUAAUGGUAGAAAGUACUGCCAAUAUGAUUCUGACAUUGCAACUGGCCUUGGCGUGGGUUCGUUCUUCAUCCUAGUCGCGAGUCAAGUGAUCAUAAUGAUUGUAACUAGAUGCCUCUGCUGCGGAAAAGCUAUGAGACCAAGUGGUUCCAGAUCUUGGGCAAUUUGCUUAUUCAUAACUAGCUGGGUAAUGUUUAUUAUUGCUGCGGCAUGCCUGCUGGCCGGUUCUGUGAGGAAUGCUUACCACACCAAGUACAGAGAUCUCUUGAAACAGAGUGCACCAUCGUGCGAGACAAUGAGGAAGGGUGUCUUUGGAGCCGGAGCUGCAUUCAUCGUUCUCACAGGCAUAGCCUCUGAGAUUUAUUAUGUUAGUUUUUCCAAAGCUAACAAUGGUCCUCCCCCCUAUGCCAGGGACACUGGUGUGAGGAUGGGAAACUUAUAGAGCUUUUUCUUACUUAGUUAGUAGUUGGGAACAUGUUUGUGUGGAAAACUGGCUAAUAUCAUUCAUGUGAAAAUAGCUAUUUGUAAAUUAUGAAGACGGUUGUGAUUCUGAUGUUUAAACUAUACCACAUGUCUAUUGAUUCUGCUGAUAUGCUGAUCUAGGAAUGAAAAUGUUAUGCUCUGUAUGAUUAAACAGUUAAUUUUAAGUUAAUAGCCAUAUUGAUAUUUAAUUAUUUAUA